CAAGGGAGCCACGUGGGACAUCCUCAACCUAGCAGAAGCACUGCUGGAGCAGGCCAUGAUCGGACCUUCCCCCAAUCCUCUCAUCCUGUCCUACCUGAAGUAUGCCAUUAGCUCUCAGGUGCCUCUGUGGGCUAUCGAAGAGAAGAUGCUGAGUAGGCAGCUGAACAUACGUGUCUGGAACUCAGAAGGAGAGGCCUAGGCUAGAGCUGUUGAUUUAGGAGGCAUCCUCUGCAGAUGGCCAUUGAAACUAUGGGCAUGGGUGAGAUUGCCCGGAGAGUGUGGAGAGCGAGAAGGAAGGGGGUGACCAAGCCACAUUCCCGACGAACCAAUCACAUUGAAGGAACACACGCAGGAAAGGAAUUCCUUAUAGGAGUCCGGGAAGAAGGGGUCAGCGAGGCGAGAAGAAAAGAAAAGCGAGAGAGUGUGGCCUCAAGGAAAGUCGCAGGAGGAAGGAGAGGACCGAAGAAUGAGGAGAUGGUGUCCUACUCCUCUGUCCUUUCAGCUAUCAGUAAGUUUGAUGACUUUUCCCGUGACCUGUGUGUCCAGGCGUUGCUGGAUAUCAUGGACAUGUUUUGUGACCGACUAAGCUGUCAUGGCAAAGCAGAGGAGUGCAUCGGGCUGUGCCGGGCCCUUCUCAGCGCCCUCCACUGGCUGCUGCGCUGCACUGCAGCCUCUGCCGAGCGGCUCCAGGAGGGGCUGGAGGCUGGCACUCCAGCUGCCGGCGAGAAGCAGCUUGCCAUGUGCCUGCAGCGCCUGGAGAAGACCCUCGGCAGCACCAAGAACCGGGCCCUGCUCCACAUCGCCAAACUAGAGGAGGCCUCAUUGCAUACAUCCCAGGGACUUGGGCAGGGUGGCACCCGAGCCAAUCAACCAACAGCCUCCUGGACAGCUAUUGAACAUUCUCUCUUGAAGCUUGGGGAGAUCUUGGCCAAUCUCAGCAACCCCCAGCUCCGGAGCCAGGCUGAGCAGUGCGGCACACUCAUUAGGAGCAUCCCCAUGAUGCUGGCCGUGCACUCCGAGCAGCCGAACAAAACUGGCUUCCCCACAGUCCACGCGCUGGUCCUGCUCGAGGGCACCAUGAACCUGACAGGCGAGACCCAGCCUCUGGUGGAACAGCUGAUGAUGGUGAAGCGCAUGCAGCAUAUCCCCACCCCACUUUUUGUCCUGGAGAUCUGGAAAGCUUGCCUCGUGGGCCUCAUCGAGUCUCCCGAGGGCACAGAGGAGCUCAAGUGGACGGCUUUCACCUUCCUCAAGAUUCCACAGGUUUUGGUGAAGUUGAAGAAAUACUCUCAUGGGGACAAGGACUUUACCGAAGAUGUCAAUUGUGCCUUUGAGUUCCUGCUGAAGCUCACACCUUUGCUGGACAAAGCUGACCAGCGCUGCAACUGUGACUUUACAGACUUCCUCCUUCAGGAAUGUAGGAAGCAGGGGCUUCUGUCUGAGGCCAGUGUGAACAACCUGAUGACCAAGCGGGCAGCAGACCGGGAGCACGCACCCCAGCAGAAAUCAGGAGAGAACGCCAACAUCCAGCCCAAUCCUGGGCUGAUCCUCCGAGCAGAGCCCACUGUUACCAACAUCCUCAAGUGUUCUUCAGGACUUGAUUUCCUGUCGUGUCCCCAGACGAUGGAUGCAGACCACUCCAAGUCCCCGGAGGGGCUGCUGGGGGUCCUGGGCCACAUGCUGUCUGGGAAGAGUCUGGACUUGUUGCUGGCUGCAGCUGCUGCCACUGGGAAGCUUAAGUCCUUCGCCCGGAAAUUCAUUAAUUUGAAUGAGUUCACAACACACGGCAGCGAAGAAAGCACCAAGUCGGCCUCCGUCCGAGCCUUGCUCUUCGACAUCUCCUUCCUCAUGCUGUGCCACGUGGCCCAGACCUAUGGUUCCGAGGUGAUCCUGUCUGAGUCGAGCACAGGGGCAGAGGUGCCCUUCUUUGAGACCUGGAUCCAGACCUGCAUGCCCGAGGAGGGCAAAAUCUUGAAUCCUGACCACCCCUGCUUCCGGCCGGACUCCACCAAAGUGGAGUCCCUAGUGGCCCUGCUCAACAACUCCUCCGAGAUGAAGCUGGUGCAGAUGAACUGGCAUGAGGCCUGUCUCAGCAUUUCAGCCGCCAUCUUGGAAAUCCUCAACGCCUGGGAGAACGGGGUGCUGGCCUUCGAGUCCAUCCAGAAAAUCACAGAUAAUAUCAAGGGGAAGGUCUGCAGUCUGGCAGUGUGUGCUGUGGCGUGGCUUGUGGCCCACGUGCGGAUGCUGGGGCUGGAUGAGCGGGAGAAGUCGCUGCAGAUGAUCCGCCAGCUGGCGGGGCCGUUGUACAGUGAGAACACCCUGCAGUUCUACAAUGAGAGGGUGGUGAUCAUGAGCUCGAUCCUGGAGCACAUGUGUGCUGACGUGCUGCAGCAGACGGCCACGCAGAUCAAGUUCCCGUCCACGGGCAUGGACACGAUGCCCUACUGGAACCUGCUGCCCCCUAAGCGACCCAUCAAGGAGGUGCUGACAGACAUAUUUGCCAAGGUGCUGGAGAAGGGGUGGGUGGACAGUCGCUCCAUCCACAUCUUUGACACCUUGCUGCACAUGGGAGGCGUCUACUGGUUCUGCAACAACCUGAUUAAGGAGCUGUUAAAGGAGACGCGGAAGGAGCACACGCUGCGGGCGGUGGAGCUGCUCUACUCCAUCUUCUACCUGGACAUGCAGCAGGUGACCCUGGUCCUGCUGGGCCACAUCCUGCCUGGCCUGCUCACCGACUCCUCCAAGUGGCACAGCCUCAUGGACCCCCCUGGCACCGCACUCGCCAAGCUAGCCGUCUGGUGUGCCCUGAGUUCCUAUUCCUCCCACAAGGGACAGGCGUCUUCCCACCAGAAGAAGAGACACCGUGAAGACAUCGAGGACUACAUCAGCCUCUUCCCCUUGGAUGACAUGCAGCCCUCGAAGCUGAUGCGCCUCCUGAGCUCCAAUGAGGAGGAUGCCAACAUCCUUUCCAGUCCCGCCGACCGGUCCAUGAGCAGCUCCUUGUCAGCCUCCCAGCUCCACACAGUUAACAUGAGAGACCCACUGAACCGAGUCCUGGCCAACCUGUUCCUGCUCAUCUCCUCCAUCCUGGGCUCGCGGACGGCGGGCCCACACACACAGUUCGUGCAGUGGUUCAUGGAGGAGUGUGUGGACUGCCUGGAGCAGGGCAGCCGGGGCAGCAUCCUGCAGUUCAUGCCCUUUACCACCGUAUCAGAACUGGUGAAGGUGUCAGCCAUGUCCAGCCCCAAGGUGGUUCUGGCCAUCACGGACCUCAGCCUGCCCCUGGGCCGCCAGGUGGCUGCCAAGGCCAUUGCUGCCCUCUGAGGGGCUUCGAAUGGCCGCAGGGAGGGUCUAGCCCAAGGCACCUCGAAAGGGAACAGUGCGGAAAGAUGAGGCAUCAUUGCUCACAUCCACAUGAUGUAAGCCCUUUGCCAGCUUCCAGAUCCCUCCCCAUCCCUGACUUCUGGCUGCUAAGAUGGCCCCCAUCUCUUUCAUCAUUUCCUCUCCCUGCUGCCAGCACCUGAUGAGUGUGAGCAGCCCGGCUCCUUAGCUCAGGUCGGUCUCCGCGCACUGCACCCGCUCCUGUGCUCCCUGCCUCCUCCCAAGAGGCACUUCGGUGCGGAGUGUGCAUAUGUAUGUAUAUGUGUAUUUAAACAUGUUUGCAACACAUGAGGGACGUUCACGUCAGCUCACUUGUAAAUAAAGAUCCUGUGGAUCCCUUUGUAAGUGC